AUCCGCUCGCCGCUGCGGACGUCCCUAGCCUCGCUGCGGAGCGAGCAGAGCAACGGCGCCCUCCUGCACGACGCCGCCGCCGACAGCCCGGCCGGGACCAGGGGGGGCUUCGUGCUCAACUUCCACACCGACCCUGAGGCUGCGGGCGUCAAGAAGAAAGGAGGCCUGUUCCGGAGAGGAUCCCUUCUUGGUAGUAUAAGACUUAGGAAAUCUGAGUCCAGGUCAUCGAUAUCGAGCAAGCGGAGCUCGGUCAGGAGCGAUGCGGCCAUGAGCAGAAUCAGUUCUAGCGAUGCCAACUCUACAAUCAGCUUCGGCGAUGGUGACUGUGAUUAUUGCCCCGUGGAAGACCACGUUGAUGCCACCACUACAGAAACCUACAUGGGCGAAUGGAAGAACGACAAACGCAGUGGUUUUGGUAUUAGUGAGCGUUCAAAUGGUAUGAAAUAUGAAGGAGAGUGGUUAAACAACAGGAGGCAUGGGUAUGGAUGUACCAUGUUUCCCGAUGGUACCAAAGAAGAAGGAAAAUAUAAAAAUAAUGUUUUGGUCCGUGGAAUAAGAAAGCAGCUUAUACCAAUACGAAACACAAAAACUAGAGAAAAGGUGGACAGAGCGAUAGAGGGUGCACAGCGAGCAGCUGCCAUGGCAAGAACCAAAGUGGAAAUUGCAACUUCAAGAACUGCACAUGCAAGAGCUAAAGCUGAUGCUGCGGAUCAGGCUGCUCAGGCUUCUCAGCCGGAAUGUGAUAUUGCAAGAGCCGUUGCCAGAGAACUUUCACCAAAUUUCUACCAACCAGGUCCUGAUUAUAUCAAGCAAAAAUUUCAAGAAGGAGUAGAGGUGAAAGAAAAAUCUGAAGAAAAAGUUCAGGAAAAUCUGCCUACCCCAAAAGAGUCACCUCACUUUUAUCGAAAAGGUACUACACCCCCUCGAACCCCAGAAGCAAGUCCAAGACAUAGUCCUCUUUCUUCUGAGCCAUCUCCUUCAAAACAGCUGAAAAAGCAAACCUCUAGUUCUGAGACAAGAUCCAGUCAAGAAAAAAUGCUUUUAGCCACUGAGAAUAUAACACCCAUAAUUAACAAGCCUUUAUAUUCAAAAGCUCCCGUGAAGGAGGAAAUAGCUGUGAAACACCAGCCAAAGUUUUCAGCCCAUCACAAUCCCACCAGCACAGAGAACGGGGAGCUGCAUGGUCAUUACCAUGGCUAUUAUGUUAAAACGAAUGCCACAGGGCUUCCACAGAUGCUCAGGGAAGAAGAUGAGUAUGUCAACCCAUCCCCGUCAGCACUUGCACAGGUGCCAUCCUCACAGAAGUCACGUCCUGCUGGAUCUGAGGAUAAGCCACAUGCCAAAGAAAACAAACCUGACAUAAAAAUUAAGAAACCAGAAUUUGCUGUACCAAAGAAUCCAGUGAAUAACGAGUCACGUUCAGCAGUGGGAAACAGCUCGGGCCCUAACUCAGUCAUGAUUGCCCUGGUAAUGCUGUUGAAUAUUGGUUUAGCCAUUCUUUUUGUCCAUUUUCUAACUUGAUUGGAAUUAGGAAAGUGAAGUCAUGGCAACUAGUGGUGUUAGCCCACAGUUCUCUGCAGUUGUGUCAUCAGCCUUUUAAAUGGCACCUGUCAUACUCAGGGAAGGAGGCUUGGAAUUAGGAUGGGAUGCAAGAGAGAUGAAUCUUGGAAAAUUCAGCCAGGGGCCCAGAUCAGUGUCUCUGCUGAUGGCUCGUGGCUUUGGGGUCCUCUGGAAGCUGAAGCAAGGAGCCAUGUUGGAAAACAAAGAAAGUAAUCUGCUGAAGCAGCCCUACCAGUGAAGUGCGUUGGCUUCUCCAUGUGUCCAGCAGUGUGACUAAACUGAGAAUGGAUGGAGCUGCACUUUUUGUUGAUGGAAGCUAACAGCUGCCUUACUAUUUUACUGUCUGAUGUGUUUAGUGGGGAGAUGGGAAAACAACUGCCAGAGGAAUGUGGUCAGAGGAUUCUGUUGCUGUGGAAGUGAUUCCAGAAUUCACUCCUAUCUCAUUAGAAGAAAUAGUUAGCAGCAUCAGUCACCAGUCUUAUUCCAUUCCCUGCUGCUUUCAACAUCUUCUGCAGUGUUCUGGGAAAUUGAAUUUCAUUUGCCUGUGCAUGAUUCUGUUCAUUCGUUGGUU